AUGUUUCGUGCGCAGCAGAAUGCGUUUGACGAUGCUGUCGCCAAGGCGACUGACGAGAACCUGACCUCCGAGAAUUGGGAAUACAUUCUGGAUGUCUGUGACAAGGUCUCUGUCGAAGAAUCUGGCGCAAAAGAAGCGGUUGCAGCCAUGAUCAAGAGGUUGGCUCAUAGGAAUGCCAACGUACAGCUUUAUACCUUGGAGCUUGGCAAUGCUCUGUCGCAAAAUUGCGGUCCAAAGAUUCAUCGCGAGUUGGCCUCGAGAAGCUUUACAGAUGCGCUUCUUCGGUUGGCGGCCGAUCGAAACACGCAUCAACAAGUGAAAUCCAAGAUCUUGGAGCGUAUGCAAGAAUGGACCGAAAUGUUCUCCUCUAAUCCCGACUUUGGUAUUAUGGAGCAGGCAUACAUGAAGCUGAAAACUACAAACCCCAACUUGCAACCUCCCUCGAAACCUGUCAAGCAACAGAUUACCGAUUUCGACCGCAAGAAGGAAGAAGAAGAACUGCAGAUGGCACUGGCACUAUCGGUCAAGGAAAGAAAGCCGAUCCCUUCUCAAGCGGGCUCAGCGGCUGCUGUGCCUGCACCUGCCCUUGCAUCUACAUCGACCCCAACUCCAGGAAGCCAAGCCGAGCCUGCUGGAGCUCAACCUGUUCUGUCUGGCACUUCUGUGGCUACUGUUUCGCGAGUCAGGGCCCUUUUCGACUUCCAGCCAUCCGAGCCUGGAGAGCUCCAGUUCCGAAAAGGCGAUACCAUUGCUGUUUUGGAGUCUGUAUACAAGGAUUGGUGGAAGGGUUCCUUGAGGGGCCAGACCGGUAUCUUCCCUCUUAACUACGUCGAGAAGCUUCCCGAUCCGACUGUGGAGGAGUUACAGCGCGAGGCUCAGAUGGAGGGAGAUGUCUUCAGUCAGAUCAAGAACGUUGAGAAGCUCCUGACUCUAUUGAGUACCCGGAGUUCGGAUCUCAAUGUUCAAGAAAAUGAGGAAAUCACUACCCUCUAUCACUCCACCCUCGCUAUUCGGCCAAAGCUGAUUGAGCUGAUUGGCAAGUACUCUCAAAAGAAAGAUGAGUUCACUCAGCUCAACGAGAAGUUCAUUAAGGCCCGCCGUGAUUAUGAGUCUUUGCUCGAAGCGUCAAUGGCACACCCAGCGCAGCCUCAAUACGGUCGACCUGGACAGCCUCAGUACGGAUAUCCCGGUGCGGCUGCGCCUGCUGGAUAUCCUCCGGGCCCCCCUUCGGAUCAACGAUACUUUAGCCCUCGCCCUCAAGAGCAACCUCCCCAGUCGCAGACCCCCUACUAUGGCGCAGAGCAGACAAUCCCCUACCGACCUGCAUCUCAUUCCCCUGAUCCUCGCACCCAAUUUGCAGGUGGCGCGCCACUGCAACAGCAGCCGCCAUCUCAGGCUGAGCCUUACCAGCCCACGCACCACCAACUAGGAACAUCCGUCUACGACUCGCCCGUGGACCAGCGUCCCCAGUACCCUCCCACCGGCCAGGUGCCACCUACAGCUCACCAGCAAUUCCAGCAGCAGCAACAAUCACAGCAGGACUACUCGCCCUCCGCUUACUCAAGCGAAGAGACACCCCAGAUGCCAUCUGCUCCUGGGAUGCCGCAGCAGUAUCAAAAGCAGCAGCAACAAGCCCCUUACCCCAAUUCUCCCACCGCUCAGCAGCAGGCCCCUCCCGCACACCACCCUCCUCCGAUUCCCGGAGCCGCCCCUUCUGCUCAGUACAACGCCUUCAAUCCUGCACCAUCGGCACCGCCUGGUAGCGCAGAAUAUCAGGCGUACCAGCCUACGCAGGGUAACGCGCCUCCCUCCAACCCAGCUUCGUUUUACAGAUAG